AUGUCUAUGUGUCAGAGUAAUGCUUUGCAGCAACUCAUCACAAAGUCUGAUGUUGGGAAAUCAAGUUUGGGCAGAAUCGGCCCUGUGAAUGCCAAACAAAGCGCUUUGCAAGUGCCUUCUGUUGAAAAUCAGUUUUUGAAUCCUGGUGGUUUAGUUGACGGGUCAAUGAACCAGUUCAUGGGCUUGGGUGAGCCUCUGACAGGUAUUGUAUCGGGGGUUCGCGAUGCUCGGGACACAAGUUGGUUGCAGCAGUUUAGGAGGAUGAAUAUGGAUGAUCCGCUGGAGUUCCAGAGCGACUACAAGAGCAUGUACAAACAGUAUGAACAGCGACAACAGGGGGCGUCAUUGCGCGUUGGUGGUCUUGCAAAUCUUCAGAUGCCUGUUCUAUCUCAGCAUCAUAUACAGCACUCGAGCUUGCAGCAUGGAUUGCAACAGGGAUUGCAGCAAGGGUUGCAGCAAGGGUUGCAGCAACCGGGCUUUCAUCAGCAGCAGAAGGAGCAGCUAGACAGCUACCUCGAGCACGAGUUUGAGGCCUUGGAAAGUAGUCUUAAGGAGUCGGAGGCGGGUGUCUCCGCGACUUUAACCUUCGAUGAUGCGCAGCUCGAGUUCCAGAAGGCUGCUACAUCGGUAUACAGCACUCUUGCAUCUUCAUCUCAAAAAGGUAGGUUUAACGAGUCGAAGUUUCUAGGAUUAAUGCAGCGGAUCCGUGAUGGAGAGGUCACGCUCGAGAAAAAGGAGGAAACGAAGAGCUACACGGGGUUAUAUUCAGUAUCAAGUGGUGAAUCUGUCGGGGAACGCUUUUUACACGUUCCCGAAGUGAUAGCAGCAACAGAGGCCAGUCUCGAUGAAAAACCUGCUUUGGCAGAGCAGUUGGAAAAAAUAAUGGACGACAUACAAGAUUUUUCGGGCCUGUCCUCGACAGAGGCAGCUAUGAAGAUUCUACGGUAA